AUUCACCUGUCUAAAGGUCACACAGUGAUCACAGUGCAAAUAUACAGUUUUAAAGUCACCGAGCUGCUGAACCGUGUCAUGCUCGACUGAGGGGGGAACAAAAAAUAAAUAUAUACAUUUCUUACAUGGAAUUUUGACACAAAGAGUCCAGAUGUCUGACUCUGUGUUCUGUUUGGUGAUGUUUUUAUUCAGCACGUCUGCAAUCAGUCUUCAAUCUGCGGUGUUUAUUCAUCACAGGGAUGCUGUACGGAUCCUGAGGCAUCGCCGAGCCAACUACUUCCUGGAGGAAGUGAAACCUGGAGAUUUGGAGCGCGAGUGUUAUGAGGAGAUUUGCUCUAAAGAGGAAGCUGCGGAAAUCUUUCAGAGCAGAGAGAAAACAACAGAGUUUUGGCUUCGAUACCAACGUCAGAGUCAGUGCCGUGAAAAUGUGUGUUUUAAUGGAGGGGUUUGCACUGUAAGUGAAGGACGUUACGCGUGUGUGUGUAUGCCACGUUACACCGGAAAACACUGUGAGACAGAGGUGUUCGAGUGUGAGUACAAGAACGGUGGAUGUUUUCAUUACUGCAGCGACUCACAACCAGUUGGCUCAAGUGUCACCUGCAGCUGUGCUGAUGGAUAUGUACUGGAGGAGGACGGAAAAAGCUGCAAAGUGACGGCACAAUUCCCGUGUGGAAAACAAUGGACUCGGGGCAUUCUACAGCGCUCCUUUUCCGAUGCUCUAAACCACACCUACACCAAGGAAAACCCCACCCACUACCCCACAAACAACAGUCUGUUCACGUCAAACCACACCCAGUCUACAGAGAACGCCACUCACACACUGUACAACAUUUCUACAUCUGACGACUCGGAUACACGAAUUGUAGGCGGCCUGCUGCAGCGUCAGGGUGGAAGUCCGUGGCAGGCUCUGCUACGCAGGAAAGAUGGGAAUGGUUUCUGUGGAGGAACACUGAUCGAUAAGCGCUGGGUCAUUACAGCGGCUCACUGUCUACAGGAAACACCUGAUCAUGUGACCCUCGGCGACUUUGAUAAAUUUCGUCCUGACGACGGCGAGCAGAGAAUCAAGGUGGAGAAAGCUAUCGUUCAUCCUCACUUCCACGAGUACACAUUUGACAGCGACAUCGCUUUGCUGUACCUGGCCGAGCCGGUCGUGUUCAGUUCGGUCGUCUCCCCUGCGUGCAUGCCCAAUGCUCACCUGGCCGGUCGUCUGGAGCGACCUGGCGAGAACGGCCUAGUGAGUGGCUGGGGUGCGACUCACUACCUCGGCCGCUCGUCGCGCUUCCUGCUGAAAGUCUCGCUUCCUGUUGUGGACCAGAAGGACUGCAUGGAUUCCACUGAACAGGUGAUCACCGAUAAUAUGUUCUGUGCUGGAUUCCUGCAUGCAGAGAAAGACGCGUGCAGCGGUGACAGCGGUGGACCGUUCGUGGUGAACUACAGGGGAACAUGGUUCCUGACUGGAGUGGUGAGCUGGGGCGAGCAGUGUGCUGCCGACGGAAAAUACGGUGUGUACACGAGAAUCAGCAACUUCCUGUACUGGAUACAAGACGAGAUCAAGAAACAGGAAGAGACAAUCAGCAGGAACACCAAACAAGCCUACACCAGUACGAUAUCAUCCAUACAGUGAUAAUUAUUGCCAGAUGUUUUCAGGCACAUGUGUUUUGUCACAGGUUUUCUGUUUUGUGCGAUCACUAAUUCAACAAGAUAUCAGUGUUAGAUUUAAGUAGGAACAUAGUAUUCAAUCUACUAGCUACAAUUCAGGAUCAGGAACCACAAAUAAAUACCACGUACAUGGGAAACAAGUAGAAACUCAAAACUACUGAACGAUGAGUGUAAGCGGUUAUUAAAUCAUUUUAGACCACA